CUUCAUAACUUGGAUUUUUACUGUUAUAAUAUACUGGGAGACCUGAAGCAUGACAGAACACCCUACGCUGUCAUGGGAGGCCAUGCAAGAUAGUAAUGUCUUCUACCGACGGCAGCAAGUCUACUCCAUACACGGGAAACUUCCCAACCUUGGCGAUUGUAUCGUGGCGGGAUGUCGAUAUGGCGGUCCAAUAGCUCUAAUGCGGGACAAUACCAAGAUGAUUGCGCUUGGACGCGCCACACCCGUGUUCGCGAAAGCUCAGAUUCAGGUGUUCUCGCCGGCGGGUGAAGGACGAUUACUAUUCAGUUGGGACCAGGGAAAGAUCAUUCGCUUCGGUUGGACGGGUGACGAGAGACUCGUCGUCUUGAACGAGGAAGGCGUCUACCGACUAUACGACCUUCAAGGAGAUUACGCGCAGUUUUCGUUAGGAAGCGACGCAACAGAAGUUGGGAUCAUUGAUGCAAAGAUACACGAGAAUGGGCUGGUGGCUAUGACUGGAACGUUACAGCUCUUGGAGGUGAAGGGGUGGGAAGGAGCGAAGCCACUGACGCUUGCGAAUCCAGGGAUGUCGGAGCCGCCACAUGCAUGGACUAUCAUCCCUCCAGAUUUCACCCUUUCACGACAUGUCGAAGUGCUGCUCUCCGUCGAUUCCAGCAUUCUCUCCGUAGACAACUUAGAAACCAUCGACCAACGGCUUUCCCGCGGCCCCUUCUCCUACAUGUCCGCCUCCCCGAACGGAAAGUCUCUCGCAAUGCUCACGGUGACUGGCACGCUCUGGGUUGUGUCGACAGACUUCCAGAGAAACCUCGCGGAGUUCGAUACGUCACAAGUAAUUGGAGCGGAUGGACCUGUAAGGCAGGUAGAAUGGUGUGGGAACGACGCUAUCUUGGUGACUUGGGAUGGACUCGCUGUUCUUGUCGGUCCAUUUGGUGAUACUCUGCAGUAUUUCUAUUCGGGUCCAAUAUUCGCUGUCACCGAACUCGAUGGAGUGCGGGUUAUUGGACCAGAUGUCUGCGACUUCAUCCAGAAAGUCCCGGCCGCCUCAGUUUCCGUCUUCCGUCCAGGCUCAACAUCGCCAGCUGCUAUCUUAUACGACGCCUGGGAGAACUUCAGUAAUAGGUCACCGAAGGCGGACGAGAAUAUCCGGAGCAUACGUCCUGAGUUAGCUGCUGCUGUCGACGAGAUGAUUGAUGCAGCGGGCCAUGAGUGGGAGCCAGUGUGGCAACGCAAGCUACUGAACGCUGCGAAAUUCGGAAGGGCUUUCUUGGACUUAUACAACCCCACAGACUUCGUGAACAUGGGCCAAACCCUCAAGGUGCUCAAUGCUGUUCGAUUUUACGAAAUUGGGAUCCCUAUCACAUAUUCUCAAUAUCAAUACCUUUCCCCAAAUCAUCUCAUCUCUCGACUCACUUCCCGCAACCUUCAUCUCCUCGCUCUCCGCGUCUCAUCCUUCCUCUCCCUCCCACCAAACAAUGUCCUCAAACACUGGGCGUCCGCUAAGAUUCUAAAGUCCAAGCCUACCACUACGGGUUCGGGCAAGGACGCUGAGCUGAGUGCGGAUGACGAAGUUUGCAAGAGCAUUGUGGACAAGUUCCAAGCACUGGGUGCCGGUGGGGUUAGUUAUGCGGAGAUUGCGAAGAAAGCUUGGGAAGUUGGAAGAACAGGGCUAGCUACGAGGCUGUUGGACUAUGAACCGAGAGCGUCAGAUCAGGUCCCUCUACUCCUGUCCAUGAAGGAGGACCGCCUCGCCCUACAAAAGGCGGUGGACAGCGGUGACACAGAUCUCGUGUAUCACGUCCUACUGCACCUCUACAAUCGUCUUCCUUUGGGGACGUUCUUCCGACUGAUCGAAGAUGGCGGAUCGAAGCUCGCGCCAGCGAGUAAAUUGUUGCAGGUCUACGCUAGGGAACAGAACCGAGAGAUGUUGCGCGAUUUUUAUUACUCCGACGAUAGGCGAGUCGAAAGUGCUGUCUUGUGCUUGGACGAAGCGAGUCGCAUGCAGGAUCCUGCGUCGAAGAUGACAUCUGUCAAAGCAGCUCAGAAGUUCUUUUCCGAAGACAAGGAGCGGACUUUUGAGGCGAAGUCGAUGGAUGAAUAUUCUCGCUUGCUUACGCUGCAACAACAGCUUGAGAAGGAAACCGACAAUAAGAUUCCCUUUUUUGGCGUCAGCAUUAACGAGACGAUACGGAUAUGCCUCGUCAAUGGAAUGUCAAAACGAGCCGACAAGGUCAAGUCGGACUUCAAAGUCCCAGACAAACGGUUUUGGUAUCUUAAGCUCCACGCCCUCACGUCCACCCGCGACUUUGAAGGGCUCGAGGCUUUCUCCAAGUCCAAACGGUCUCCGAUCGGGUACGAAGCGUUUGUCCGUCACCUCGUCGAGAAGGGUUUCCCAAAGGAGGCCGCGACUUAUGUCGCUAGGUGCGAUGCGCCGAAGCGAGUCGACCUCUACGUGGAGUGCGGCGAGUGGAGGUCAGCGGGUCAGGAGUGUAAGGAGAGGGGCGAUAAGGUGAAGCUCGAACAACUGAGAAAGAGAAGCCCAAAUUCGAUGAUCUCUAGAGAGCUGGACCAAAUUGCUUCGUCGAUGAAGUAGUUGCGUUCCACGUAUGGUCUCAACUGGAUGUAUAUUAGAGAACCCUCGUUCGGUGCCUAUUUGAUACCUGUCUUUCAGCGAUCGCCGCUGCUCGUACUCUAUGACACUCGCAAGGGUGUGCAGCAUUUC